AUGUUAAGUAAUAGUAAAUCCAUGGAUAAAAGAUUUGUUGAUUAUGUAUUUUUGGCAGGGUUACCAACAGAUUUUCAAAUUAAUCCUGAAAAGCAAGAUUCAUCAGAUGACGAAAAUGAAAUAUUCAAAGAAGCUGAUGAGGAAUUGAAUAUUGAAAGGUUGAACUCAGAUAAAAGUAUUAUUACGGAGGAGGAACAAGCUAAAACAGCGAGAGAAAUUGAUCAAACUUCAAGUUCAUCAAGCAUGGAUUCAUAUACCGACGCAACAAGUUCACUGUCAAUGACAAAAGCAACGACGAUCGAUGUAUCGGCAGAUAUCAUUCCCAAUGACAAACCUAACAAGACCUUUUCUUCAGACAUGUUUAGAUCAAAAAGUAACAAAUCUUCAUCAUACGCUCGUACCAGAACCUUGGUUAAUAGAUCUUUUGAAGCAGAUGAUGAAGAGAGUACAAAGUUGUUAGAUACAUUAUUUGAAAGCAUUAAAGCAAGCAUAGAAUUUGUAAAAUCUGAUUCUUUGCGACGCGGUGUUGAUAAUAAUGAUGAUGGACAUUAUGAAAAUCAACGUGAUUCAUUUAUAGCCUUAUCAACAAAACUAUUUAAAAACUUCGAUGAGGCACUUGUAGAGACCGAUUCUGUAUCUUCUUCAAGCAUUGAUUCAUCCAAAGUUCAAGAAGGAUUAGAUAUUAAUAGACAUUCAUAUCAGAAUGUGGUGCCACAACAACCAUCAUCAAAACAAAAUGAUGUUUGUUCUGACACUUUAUUACACCCUUUAAGGCAAAAAUUUGCUCCAAAGUUAUUAUCAAGGUACCCAGAAAAUGAUUACCCAGAAGAAGGUGCUUUUCCGGCAUAUGUUCCAAUGUUUUGUUUUCCUAAUGACAUAAUGUUAAAAGAGUCGGUUGAAUGUCCUUCAACAACUUUUCAUGGAUUUGUGAUGACGCAAGAAGAUGGAUCGCAGCGAUAUGGAGCAUGCUUAACUACUUAUGAACCCAUUCCCGAAGAUUUGUUUGAAGAAUUAAACGUGCAAAAAAAUAUCUGGAGAGAAGCAAACAUGUCCAAAAGUGAGAUAGAAUAUGCAGAUCAUUUACUUGAAAAAAUAAGAGCGGAAAAAAGAAAAGUUGAGACGACAAGAGCAAAGUUGCUGCUACAAGGAAUAGAUGAUGAUAGCCAAGAAUUAGAAGAGUUAAGGAAAGAAAGGGAGGAUGCAGAAGAUAAAUUAGUAUUAUAUAAUGAACUAUUACAACCUAUUAAAUUAGGAGUGUUAGAUAAGAAUAGUUUAUGGAUACCUAAAUGUAUCGGAAUAGUAAGUCAUAUACCGUGGCAUGAUGUAUUAAAAGAUUGGCUAUGUGCUGUUGCAAUGCCCAUGGUAGAAGAUCUUAAAGAGAGAAACGAUCCAAUUAAAUCUCUUGUUCCCCUUGAAAGGCAUAUAAUUAACCUUGUACAUGAAAUACCAUUGCCACCACCUGGGAAAUUACAAGUUGCAUUUUCAGUUAAUGAUAUGACAUUCUUUUGUGCGAGACCUGCGCUCAACCAAAUACCAAUAAUGAAGGAUUUUUCACUGUACCCAUUAUUUAAAAGUCUUUCAAUUCAAAAUAUAGUGAAAUUAUUUGAGGUUGCAUUAGCAGAAGGAAAAAUAUUAUUAAUAUCAUCAUAUCCGGACAUGUUACAUUUGGUCGCUCAUAGCAUAACAUAUUUGAUUUAUCCAUUAUAUUGGCAAGGUGUAUUUAUUCCUGUACUUCCCGCUAGAUUAAUGACGUGUUUACAAGCACCAGUGCCAUAUAUAAUGGGAAUCGAGAGACAAUAUAAGGGUGUUGAUUUAUUGCCCGAAGAUGCCUGCAUCGUUGACUUGGAUAAAAAUACAAUAUUAUUGGCAAACUCACCGGUUCAAAUACCAUCAAGACAGAGAAGGAAGUUGAUUAAAUCAUUAGAAAAGUAUGCUCCAUUGCAUACACAAUGUAACAUAUCAUUAGAAGUGCCAAAAUUCAUUCAACAAGCAUAUCCUAAUGGUAAAUUUAUUCCAGUUAGCAACAAAUCAAAGAUACAUGUAAAAACAGAGAGUGGUACAAUUGGUUCGGUAAUUGGAAUGCCAGCGAGAGCGAUACCACUUGCCCCUUCAAUGAAUAGUUCUUUUGAUCCCGAAAAUGGAUUAAUGAAAAGUGAUUGUUCUCAAACUGAUCAAGCGUUACACUUGGCCCCUAUACCUGAGAUUAAUGACAAUAAUAGUAGUCGCAAUAGUGAUAAUAGUGCCACUAGUAGUGGCGCUAGCGAAUUAUUUAAUAUGAGACAAAAUCUUUCUAUGGGUGGAGGUGGUAAUCAUAAUGUACCACAGCACGCUACGGUACAAAGAAGAUUUUCAAAUUUCGUUUCUCCUUCAACUAGCCUUGUUGAUAAAGCUGAUAGUGUAAAGAAUUUAGAUAAAUUUGGAAAAAAGACAAAACAAAGGUUUAGUUCUAUAACCGGAGGUGCAAGGAAUUCUAUUAUCACUCUGAGGAAUAAAGCGUUGUCAAGAAAUAGUAGCGGUAGCGUAUCUUUAAGAAAUAAUAACGUAUUCAAUCGUAAUACCAUGUCACGUGGGAAUGAUUUACGUAUACGUUCGACUAUUAAUUUUAAUUUUGUAAUAACUCCACCCGCAUCUCCUGACUCAACCCUGUUUUCGGAUUCAUUAUUUGAUGAUGUACCAAGUACUAUGCAUUCGACAAAUGCGGAUUUCUCACCACUGAAAAAUACUUCCGAAAAAGAUUACAUAUUAAAAGAAGGACAUUCGAUGGUAUUAGCACCAUUUGAUAAUGAAGCGAAUGACCAAAAAAAUGGUAUUUGGAUGAUGGAAGGUUUGGCUUGUGGAAUAUGUAGAAACAGUCUUGGUGUUAAUUUUGUGUAUAAAUGCGAUGGUUGUUCUAUGAUGAUACAUGAAGAAUGUUUGAAUGAUAUUUGUUAUCCUUGUAUACCUGCUUGCUUUGAUGAAUCAAAAGUAUUAGAUGCCUUCUUAAGAGUGUUUGCUUCUUUAUUAAGCAAUUAUCGUUAUUUUCUUUUAAAUAAUGAUGAUAAUACGAGAGAUAGUGGUAUAGGAGAUAUAUUUGAGGAUGGAUUUGGUGUUGCUGGAGAUACCAAUGAAUUCUUUAAAAAAGAUCUAUUCUUAAAAUCUGUUGAAAAGUGUUCCAAGCCAUUUUUAUCAAAUUUGUUGGAUUCUCAAUCAUUUUCACAAUUUAUUGCUGAAAGAGUGAUGAAGAAAAGUGAUGAUCUUGAUUUUGGUAUAAAACAUUUUGACGAAGUUAUAAAAGCAAAACUUAAUAGAUCAAAAUUAAAAAUAUCUAAAGAAUCGACGUCCUUCCUUAACGAUUCAUCAUUUGAAGUGUCACAAACAAUACGUGCCAUAAAAACAAAUGAAGAGGGUUUGGAUGAAUUAGGAUUUGAAGGUUAUAUGCGUAUACCUGAUUUCUUUGAUCCUGAAUUAAUGUCUAGUCCUCGCGCUAUAAAUAACGGUUGGGCGAAUGGUUUUGAUAAAGGUUGGAGAUAA